CCAGGAAUCGGUGCUCUCUUUUUUUCCCUCCGAUUCGGCAGAUGCUAACGGAGCUACUUGACAAGAAGGAAACCCCUUCCUUUUGGAGAGUCAAAAACAUUGAAAACCUUAAAAUCUUCUGCUUCAUUUAAAAGAAGAAGAAGAUCGAAACCAGAGUUUCCUUAUUGUUCGCCGCCGUUGGACUCUGGAGCAGCGGAAACAUGUCCUCCGGAGAAAUAAAUCACGCUUCUCCAUCUGGCAGUCUGACAGACAAAUCUGGGAUGAGGAAGAGGACCAGAGAGCAUGAAGCUGGGUCACCUGACUCUGACCAGCCAACCAAGAUGUUCUCCAAGUGUGAGGUCCAGGGUCUGCUCCAGCAGGAAGUGCAUAGUGCCAUGAAACAGUCUGAAUCCAAGAUGGAGUCGCUACUAGAGAGAGUUCAGCUACUGGAAUGUGAACCUAAAUACGACCUGGUCAUACGCAGACUGGAGGCUCACAUCAAGAAGGUGAAGAGGAGGGGGGAUGCUGCCAUCUCUUAUGUCAGGAUGCUACGAGCUCCUGGAGUUAAACACAAUCAGAGGAGGCUGGGUUCUGGUCUUGUGGACCUGACUGAGACUGAGACUGGGAGAGGACUGAGCACUGUGGACAUCAGCAGGUCAGACUCUGAUGAGGACGACUCAGCUGAGAAGCAGAGGAAGAGGAAGGUUGUCGAUGGUUUCUGGCAGAAAAUGAUGUCCAAUAAAAAAUCCCCAGACAGGAAGAGAGAAAAAGAGAGGAAUGGAAAGAAACACAACAUCCCUCUUCCUCCUACCACUCCUCCUCUUCCUCCGACCACUCCUCCUCCUCCUCGUUCUCCUCUUCCUCCCGUUCUCUCUCCUCAAGUACCGAAGGUCGAGGCGUCUGUCGUACCGGUGACCGGACCGCCAGCCACAUCGCCAGUUAAAAUGGAGGGCACGGUGAAGAUGGAAAACACCGUUAAGACCGAGGAGUCCCCGUGUCCUCUAGUCGCUAUUCGUCUUCCUCCGUCUCAGAGUGAGCUGCUGUCCCAUCUCCCUCCUCUCCCCCCGACCCCUUUCCCUUCCUCCCUCCCCCUCGAGGCGGCCUCCUACUCCAUCCCCCAGAAGCCCCUUGUACACCUGGCCCGUAUCCGAAACCCUGCCCCGUGUCUGGUCAUCCACUGGAGGGUCACUGAGGAAGACGCUGCGGCGCCCGACAUGGACAGUUACAGUAUCUACAUCGCUCAGGAGAGUCAUAGCAGCAGCGUCUCCCCGUCCUGGAGGAAUGUGGGUGUGGUCAAGGCCCUGGCCCUGCCCAUGGCUGUCACGGUAACCAAGUACCAAUCGGGUACCACCUACGUCAUCGUGGUGGGCAAGGACCGGUAUGGUCGCUACGGACCGUACAGCGACGUACAGACUGUCCUCCUGGCAUAGAGACGUGGCGGGGAGUUCUGGUCGUCUAGAUUGAAGGCCACUCCCCCCCCCCCCCCUCCCUCCCUCCCUCCCUCCAGAGGUGAGAGUUGAAAGGUCACUGAGGUCUAGUGACUUGCUAGACUCCAGGAAUUCUCUGUGCUACCAUCCAAAGAGGAACAGAAGGAGGGAAUAAAAAUGAUUUUUUGUUGUUGUUGUGUGUUUUCAAUAGCAUUACCGAUCUGAUGAAAGAUACUCAGCGACGCAUGUCCCAACUCAUUCCACGGAGGGGAGGGGCUGAGCGUCUGUGGGGGGGGGGGGUUUCACUCCACCCUUGUACUUGAUUUGAUGAAUUUAAGGUCACUAAUUAGUGAGGAACUAACCUGAACGUAGACAUAGUGAACGACAUUGAGACUUCACCUAGCUAACCUGAAAUAUUAGGCUGACGAGGACGACAGGGUUUAAAGCAGGCAGGAAAGGAAGACUGGGUGGGGAUUCGUCCUUCGUCACCGCGGUAACCAACCUGGUGUCGGUCCGUUUUACACAUGUUUAAUCUCUGAAACCCGGAACCAACGUCUGGCUUAGUUGAGUCAACUCUGUUAGUACGUCUGUCCUAGUUGAGUCAACUCUGUUAGUAUAUCUGGCCUAGUUGAGUCAACUCUGUUAGUAUAUCUGGCCUAGUUGAGUCAACUCUGUUAGUAUAUCUGGCCUAGUUGAGUCAACUCUGUUAGUAUAUCUGGCCUAGUUGAGUCAACUCUGUUAGUAUAUCUGGCCUAGUUGAGUCAACUCUGUUAGUGAUGUUGGUAUAUCUGUCCUAGUUGAGUAAACUCUGUUAGUGAUGUUGGUAUAUCUGUCCUAGUUGAGUCAACUCUGUUAGUGAUGUUGGUAUAUCUGUCCUAGUUGAGUAAACUCUGUUAGUGAUGUUGGUACAGCUGUCCUAGUUGAGCCAACUCUGUUAGUGAUGUUAGUACAUCUGUCCUAGUUGAGUCAACUCUGUUAGUGUAUCUGUCCUAGUUGAGCCAACUCUGUUAGUAUAUCUGUCCUAGUUGAGUCAACUCUGUUAGUAUAUCUGUCCUAGUUGAGUCAACUCUGUUAGUAUAGCUGUCCUAGUUGAGCCAACUCUGUUAGUAUAUCUGUCCUAGUUGAGUCAACUCUGUUAAUAUAUCUGUCCUAGUUGAGUCAACUCUGUUAGUGAUGUUGGUCAUGACUACCAGUCACUCCUGUUAAUAUAUCUGUCCUAGUUGAGCCAACUCUGUUAGUGAUGUUGGUCAUGACUACCAGUCACUCCUGUUAGUGAUGUUGGUCAUGACUACCAGUCACUCCUGUUAGUGAUGUUGGUCAUGACUACCAGUCACUCCUGUUAGCAGAUGAUAUUUCAUAACUGUCCUGUUCACAUUUUAACCACCUUUGUAUAAUAAAAUAUCUCAAUGUUUC